AUGAGUAAAGCUUAUGAUCGGUUAGAGUGGAAUUUCAUCGAGACGGUGCUACUAAGAUUCGGGUUUGUGUCUCAUCUGGUCGCCUUAAUCAUGCAAUGCGUUACAUCAGUGACAUACUCCUUCCUUGUUAACGACUCUGUUCAUGGAAGAGUGAUACCGUCAAGAGGCAUUCGACAAGGCGACCCGCUAUCCCCGUAUCUCUUCAUUCUUUGUGGAGAGAUCCUUUCCGGUUUGUGCAAACGAGCUCAAAGAAGCGGUCAUCUAGCCGGCCUCAGAGUUGCUAUACCAGCCCCCCGACUGAAUCAUCUCUUGUUUGCGGAUGAUACCAUGUUCUUCCUCAAUACAGAUGAAGAGAGCUGCUCGGCACUGAUGCAUAUCCUUGAACAAUACAAGAUGGCGUCGGGCCAAUUGAUCAAUGCUACGAAAUCCUCCAUCACCUUCUCAGCCAAGACCCCGCAGGUAAUACGGCAACGUGUUAAAAUACACCUCGGGAUUGAAAAGGAAGGAGGAACGGGCAAGUAUUUGGGUCUCCCGGAACACUUCGGUCGGCGAAAAAGGGACCUUUUUACCGGAAUUGUCGACCGUAUCAGAAGCAAAGCGGCUUCCUGGGCUACACGUCGCCUAUCAAGCGCUGGCAAACUGGUUAUGUUGAAUUCUGUACUUACAGCGGUUACUUCUUUCUAUAUGACGUGCUUCCUCCUUCCUAUGAGUUUAUGCGAUCGAAUCCAAUCCGCUCUAACGAGAUUUUGGUGGGAUUCGUCACCGGAGGAGAAAAAAAUGUGCUGGGUGGCUUGGGAGAAGCUUAUCAAGCCUAAAGCUCACGGAGGGUUAGGUAUUAGAGAUAUUCAGGCCUUCAACAAGGCACUGCUGGCCAAACAAGCUUGGCGGAUCAUCACAAAACCCGACUGCCUGCUGUCCCGCAUACUAAGAGGCAAAUACUGUACUAAGGCUUCUUUCCUCCAGGUUUCUGAAACAAAGACAAUGUCGCACGGAUGGAGGAGCAUCAUUGCGGGUAGAGAUCUAUUGGUUACCCGACUGGGUAAGGUCAUAGGGAAUGGGGAAGGAACACGGGUCUGGAAGGACCCUUGGCUAAGACUUGAUCACCCUACUGUCCCGUUUGGACCAGUAAAAGAAAGCGACCAAGAUUUGUUUGUAUCUGAUCUCAUCUGCAGAGGAAGUGGAGAAUGGAAUAUCAACCAAAUAACAAGCAUUAUGCCACAUCUUCUUCCUGAGAUCCUCUGUAUCAGACCAAGUAUUACGGGAGCACCUGAUACUUAUGCGUGGCUAGCUUCAAAGACAGGAGUAUACUCGGUUAAGUCUGGGUACUUCGUAGCAGCCUCUAUGAUCCAUGUUGAGGACAACGAAGCCACUGAAGCUCAACAAACUACGGAGCAAGCGUUAAACAAAGGCAUCUGGAUCUGCAAGACCUCCCCAAAGCUUCAUCUAUUCUUAUGGAAGAUAUUCCAUGGAGCCCUGCCGCUGGGAGAAAAUCUAGCAAAACGGGGAAUGCUUACCAACAUUUCUUGUAGACGCUGUGGUGAACUAGAGACGGCGGAUCACAUCUUCCUCCACUGUGCGUUCACACGUCGAAUCUGGUCAGCAAGUAUCUGGAGAAACGAGUUCAUACUGACAGAUACAUCUACUCUUGCAACAAUUUUUCUGGAGUCAGCGAACUACAUCAACCUUCCGCCAUUAGGAAUCAAAGAAACGAUCUUCCCAUGGAUUUGCUGGGCAAUUUGGACAGCAAGGAACUACCUUAUCUUCGAGAACAGGAAUUUUGAACCUACUGAUAUUCUCUCCAAAGCCAUUGCUAACGCCCGGGAAUGGAAUGCAUCGCAACUACCAGGCCUUGAUCCUCCUAUCGCACGGAAUCCUCGAUUACCACCGACACUCACGAUCACCACUGAACCGGCCUGCUUCACUGACGCAGCCUGGCACUCGUCCACGAACAGAGCAGGGUGUGGCUGGUAUAUCCUAACACCUGAGAAGACUAUCACUCUACAAGGCACCCGUAUGUUUGAACACAUCUCAUCACCUCUGAUGGCUGAAGCACUCGCCAUCCGGUCAGCCCUCCUCCACGCCCUCGACGCUGGAAUCACUUUAAUCUGCAUCAAGUCAGACUGUCAGGCACUCAUCAAUGCCCUCUCCUCGAAGUAUCACUCGGCGGAUAUCUACGGAAUCAUUCGGGACAUCGAGGCUCUAUCUUAUCGUUUUUCUCGCAUUUCUUUUAGUUUCAUUCCGCGAUCACAAAACUCUAUGGCUGAUACUUUAGCCAAAUCUGCUAUGUACUCUGCUUUCCCCAACUAG